AUGACAUGCUUGGUCAUCCACCAAUUCUUGUCUGCAAAGCAACCCUACACACCAGCUUGGAGUGGAACUGCAAGUCUCAAUCAGGGAAGAUAUCUCACAUCCUCAAUUAGGGUGGUCCAUUUAUUUUGUGUCAACUCAAGGAAGUUCCAAGCGACAGUAGCAUAUGUAUCUGCUGGGCGAUGAGUUAUGUGGAGGACAAGAUAAACCCAUGUGAUUUCUUGAUUUGAAACAAGCUGGUGUUCCUCAUCAGUGCCAACUUAACCACUCAUUUUGUGUAGCAGAUGAUCAUCCACACCCCUUUGCAUCAUCUAUAUAUACACACACAAAUCAAUUAUCAGGCAAACAAGUCUUAACCUUCAUAAACAUCAAAGCAUUCUCUCUUUCCCAGGUCCACUCAAGAAUUUUCAUUGUUCUUCCUCUUCAGAUUAUAGACACCAUGGGUUUCCGCCUUCCUAGAAUUUCAAGCCCCAAGAGAAGUCUUAUUCGAUCACUAUCUAAUGGAAACCAGACAGCUCCAAAGACCUUAGAUAUCCCAAAAGGCUACUUUGCAGUCUAUGUCGGAGAGAGCCAGAAGAAGCGAUUUGUGAUUCCAAUAUCAUACUUGAACCAACCUUCAUUUAUGGAUUUGCUAAGUCAAGCUGAAGAAGAAUUUGGAUACGAUCAUCCCAUGGGCGGUAUCACAAUCCCCUGCAGUGAAGAAACCUUCCUUGAUCUCACUUCAAGCUUAAGUGUGUGACAGAAUGAUAAUAACACAGAGGGAUCCAACUUCAUAUUCAAAAAGCAUCAACAUCUCAGAACAUGCUGCUGAGCCAAGAAGAACAAAGAAGAGGCGAAGCUAUGAUUGGUCGUCAAUUGAAUCAAGCUACGCUGAGGGGAAGCUUCUGUAAAUCUGAAGCUGCUAUGGAUCUGAAAGAUACUAUUAUUAUGAAGCAUACAAUAGUGACUCCGUAUGAACUCACAAAACAAUUCAUCCAAGUGUCACUACUGCAUUUUUGAACUCAAAGUAGUGAAAUUUUGUCGUCAGUCCCAUGUAAACUUAUUUCUCCCAGUACCAUAUUCUGGGAAUAUAUAAUACACAUUGCCCAUGAUUAACCUUCUUGUCUUAUUUUCCAUUGCAGCAUUAAUCCAUUAUCAUUAUUUACUGAAUGGCAGUAUAUUCUAACAACAAACAAAGUGUAGUGGCUUACAGUCUAUAGCUCUAAACCAG